AGCGGCUCAGUUGACUUUUGGAGGUGAACGAGUUUGGUUGUGAACGGCGGAUCUUGAAGUUAUUAACGCACGACAACGGUGACGACGACAACGCAUCUGCCUCAUCGAAAAUCCGGGUGCUAUAGUGUUGCUCUCUGCUGCUGGCGUUUCUGCUGCGUAUUUGCGUGAGACCGUGCAGUGUGUGAAAUUGUUACAAUCUAGAGGAGAAACGUUGUUCAGGAUUGGGCCCAUUCGAAGAUGUGCUCAUCUUGAUUGGGAUCGCCAAGAGUGCGGGAGGGGAAGUGAAAUAACAAUGGCGUAAUUGUAGUGUUGAUUGCGCGGCCUGCAAUGGUCACGUUUGAUGAGCCGAGGGUCAAGAUUAGCGAUAGUGACAAAUGUAAGUGAAUUAUACGCCCGAGAGGGAAGGGAAGUGUUUUACGCAGUGCCCUGCGGAUUGAUUCCGACCGAGAUCAAACGAUUAUCAUCGGUGGUCAAGAAGCUGGGAGAUUUCUGAAAAAAAAAUGAGUUGCCGAUGAAUGCAAGACAUGAUGGAGUGAAUAUCGUGAAGAAAUACAGUGAAAACACUUGGGACUCUGAGGCAGAACGCCUCGCAAGAGUAAAGCGUGCAAACCCCGCAAUUCGUUCAAAAGUGGAAAAUGAAAGCAUUCAACUGAAACCGACUCGUAAAACUGAAGAUAAAUCAACAGUCGAUUAGUGUGGUAACAGGAGUGUUGUUUUUCUUAGUCAGCCUGGAAAAGAAAAGAGAAAUCGUCGAGAAAUGUCGUGUUCGAUGUGUAUGACGAUCACAGAGUUGAAUUAAUCGUUUGAAACAGCGAAAUAGGAAAUAAAAAAAAUCCAAGUGAACAUCAGUUUAAUCAUGUCGAAAAUGUUGCACAGUUACAUCAUGUCUUGCAAUCGAAAAAGUGAAAAUAACCAUCCAAACGCCUCCAAAAUCAACUUUUACGCGAUUACGUAAGUCGGUUCGGAGUGCAGCUAAUUGAGCCCGACCAAGCUUUGGCCAAGCAGUUUGGCGCGAGUGAAUGUUGAAAUAAUAAACAACGAAUAAAUUGUGAUGAGAGAAUCGAAGAAAUGAAAUGGUGUUGAUGCAUUUGGUGCGAGAUUGAGUCACCCCUGGGUGACAUGGUACCACAGCUAAUUCGGAGAAGAAAUAAAUGUUUCAUAACAUACCAACAGUGUCGCUCGAGCCAUAAACCAUCACCGCGAAGUUUAACCCGAUUGUGUUAGCCUCAAAAGAGGAAGAAAAAACAAGCAAAACAUAUUCCAAAAAGUUGUUGAUGUGAAAAGUGAACGUGACAAGUGAGAGAUCAAAACUCCCAGGUUCCUAACAUAUGAUCUCAGCGGACCGGCCAACGUGUGUACGGGCGUUUGUUGCGAACGACAACUCACCACCGACACCAGGCGCUAGUUUCAUACCUGAACUCACCACUCUCGACGGUGGUGGUGAAUGAAGAACUAAACUGCCGAAGGUCGAUCGAAGAUGACGUCACCGUUUGGCAGACGCAGCAUCUUCGCAGGGAACCGAAACUGUCUAGCGCUGCUUAUAUGGAUCGGGGCCACAUUGGCACCUGUAGCAGAAGCCCAGGAUUUGAACACGCCUCCGGUGAUCAUCGUGGAUCGAAACUGGCGGUUACGAGAGAACACCACAGUCGGAUCCAUAAUCACCCAGGUCCGUGCCGAUGAUAACGACAACGACGAGCUGGAGUUUGGCCUCGAUCCUUUAGGCUACGGACAGUUGCAGCCGUUCGUGAUCGAUCCCCACACCGGUUAUGUGUACUUGAACGAAAGUAUCGAAGGAAAGGGUGGCCAGAACUUCUUUGUCUACAUAACGGUCACAGACGGCCGGGUGAUAUCCAAAAACGAGGUAUACGUCAAUAUUCUAAGUCAAAAUGCCACAGGUAUAUACAAACAGCGCGGGCCACAAUUCACACCGGACAUCAACAGCAUUCGGAAGAUCCUACCACCGGGAUUCAACCUGCCAGGAAUCAGUUCCAUACCGCAAGCACCGCCACCGCCACCACCAAUUGCGCCAAGACCGACGGCUCCGUUCGUGUUCAACCAACCAAGCCAAUCGCUGAUCCCCACGACUACAAAGCAGACAAAAACUUAUCCGGAUGGGGCGAUUUUCACCACCGAAGCUCCGGUCGUCACCACCAAUGCCAGUAUCACCAAACUUACUCCGGUGUCCACUGGUGGCUCCGGUGCCAGCCCCACCCAGUCGACGUCAUCCAUCCCUACGACGACUCUGUUCACCAGCAGUAGCGAAAUCGCUCCCGUUCGAACCAAACCAAACUCCGGUGAGUCCCAUCCGCUCACAUCGUUCGCGCCGGUCAUCAUCUCGGUGGCGGUCAUCUUUCUGACCGCCGCUCUGGUGGCCGUUUGCAUCUUCCGCAAGUAUCUGUGCGCCAUCAGCAAAACACUCAAGAAGAAGAACAAAAUCGACAAAGCCAAAAAGUCAAACCAAAGCAAUCUCAGCAGCAAUAUCACCUCGAGCACAACGGCCGAGGACAGUCGAAACUCGAUCGGGAUGAACCAAUGGAGCGGACCGAUGGCGUUCAGCAACAGAUACACUUCGCCCUGGGAGCGGGAACAGAACGGACACAUGCAGGUCACCUCCCAACUCUCAACGGGCAGCUCGAACAACUCGGGUAUGAACGGGGGUCCGAAGGACCGCUGGGAAUUCCCCCGCCAUCGACUGAAAGUGUUCAACAUCCUCGGCGAGGGAGCCUUCGGGCAGGUAUGGCGUUGCGAAGCGAUCGACAUCGAAGGCAGAGAAGGGGUCAGCAUAACGGCCGUUAAAACCCUGAAGGAGAACGCAAGCGAAGCCGAACGGAACGAUCUGCUGUCGGAGCUUCAGGUGCUGAAAUCCCUCGAGCCACACGUCAAUGUAGUUCGGCUGCUCGGGUGCUGCACCGAAAAGGAUCCGGUCUUUGUAAUACUCGAGUAUGUCAACAUGGGCAAGCUGCAGACCUUCCUGCGGAACUCGAGGGUGGAGAAACACUACGGAAACACCCACGGGAAGUCGAAGAUCCUAACGUCGGGGGACUUGACAUCCUUCAUGUACCAAGUCGCGAGGGGAAUGGAUUUCCUAACUUCACGAGGGAUAAUCCAUCGAGACCUCGCGGCACGUAACAUUCUCAUAACGGACGACCACACCUGCAAAGUGGCCGAUUUCGGAUUCGCCCGAGACAUCGUCACCUCCAAGGUGUACGAGCGCAAGAGUGAGGGUCGCCUGCCGAUUCGGUGGAUGGCCACCGAGUCUCUGUACGAUAAUAUCUUCACCGUCAAGUCGGACAUCUGGAGCUUCGGCAUUUUGAUGUGGGAGAUCGUGACGCUCGGUUCGACGCCCUAUCCCGGCAUUGCUGCAGCGGACGUUAUGCGCAAGGUUCGCGAUGGCUACCGGUUGGAGAAACCGGAGCACUGUCGCCGAGAGCUGUACAAUAUUAUGUUCUACUGCUGGGCCAAAGAUCCAAACGAACGACCCGACUUCCCCGAAGUCGUCGAGAUGCUCGAUCGGCUGCUGCAGACCGAGACCGACUACAUAGAGUUGGAACGGUUCCCCGAUCACAACUACUACAACAUGCUCAACAUGAGCGGUGAAAAACUUUGAAACGGCGGAAGUAACAUCGAGAUUAUAUGGGUGUAAAAGUGUAAAUAGUCUUAAAAUUGUGAUAAGUUUUCAUGAUGACCUGAAAGCGUGUAUAAUAGUGCGUGUGGCUAAGCCGAAAAGCUCGUUUCGAUGUGUACAUAGUUAUUAAAUAAACAUG